GUGAGCCGGGCGCACCGGCGGCAUCCGCGGCGUAGGGGAGCCGGGCAAGAUGGCGAAGGUCUCGGAUAUGUACGAUGUGACUUGGGAAGAGAUGAGAGAUAAAAUGAGGAAAUGGAGGGAAGAGAACUAUCGGAACAGUGAGCAGAUAGUAGAAGUUGGAGAAGAAUUAAUUGAUGAAUAUGCUGCUAAGCUUGGCGAUGACAUCUGGAUAAUAUAUGAACAGGUGAUGAUUGCUGCAUUGGACUGCAGUCGGGAUGCCUUGGCACUGUUUUGUCUUCAAGAGCUGAGACGUCAAUUCCCUGGGAGCCAUAGAGUUAAGCGGUUAACAGGCAUGAGAUUUGAAGCCAUGGAGAGGUAUGAUGAUGCAAUCCAGCUGUAUGACAGAAUUUUGCAAGAAGAUUCAACCAACACUUCAGCAAGAAAACGAAAGAUUGCCAUUCGAAAAGCCCAGGGGAAAAAUGCAGAAGCCAUCCGAGAGCUGAAUGAGUAUCUGGAACAAUUUGUUGGUGACCAAGAAGCCUGGCAUGAACUUGCAGAACUUUACAUCAAUGAACAUGACUAUGCAAAGGCAGCCUUUUGUUUGGAAGAGCUCAUGAUGACUAACCCUCACAACCACUUAUAUUGCCAGCAGUUUGCAGAGGUUAAAUAUACUCAAGGAGGACUUGAAAACCUCGAACUCUCAAGAAAGUAUUUUGCACAGGCAUUGAAGCUGAACAACCGAAACAUGAGAGCAUUGUUUGGACUUUACAUGUCUGCCAGCCAUAUUGCUUCCAAUUCAAAGGCAAGUGCGAAGAUGAAAAAAGACAAUAUGAAGUAUGCUAGUUGGGCUGCAAACCAAAUCAACAGAGCUUACCAGUAUGCUGGUCGUAGUAAGAAGGAGACCAAGUACUCUCUGAAAGCUGUAGAAGACAUGUUGGAAGCCUUGCAGAUCACCCAGUCAUAAACCAUAGCAAAGCUAUCCAGCGAUAGAUUUUUUCUCUCUAGCUCCACAUCCAAACACCACUCAUCUAAGAGUUAUGUUAAUUUUAAAUUCAUAGUUGUGUUAGCAGUAGUUUCAUGUCAGUGAAAGUGACUAUCUUAAAUAAUGUGUUUUAUAAAGAUAUGAUUCCUAUUUAUUGCUGCUGUGAUAACGAGCCACUGAAGUGAAUAAAAAGAGUAAAUUUUUAUUGAA